AGCCGAAGCUGCAGCAACAAAAGGAGCAUCUGAUCGUCUGAUUCUACAUUGUUUGGCCAGCGAGAAAGCUAGAGAAAAUGAGCGGCGCCGGGAAGAAAGUUGCCGAUGUGGCUUUCAAAGCCUCCAGGAAAAUCGACUGGGAGGGCAUGGGCAAGCUUCUGGUCUCCGAUGAGGCUCGCAAAGAGUUCGCCUCUCUUCGUCGUGCCUUCGAUGAGGUUAACACUACCCUCCAGACCAAAUUCAGCCAGGAACCUGAACCUAUUGACUGGGAGUAUUACAGGAAAGGAAUUGGGUCUCGCUUGGUGGAUAUGUACAAAGAGGCUUAUGACAGCGUUCAAGUCCCCAAGUAUGUAGACACAGUCACUCCUGAGUACAAGCCUAAAUUUGAUCAAUUGUUGGUGGAUCUAAAGGAAGCAGAGGAGAAAUCUUUGAAGGAAUCUGAGCGUUUGGAGAAGGAGAUUGCUGAAGUUCAAGAAUUGAAGAAGAAGAUUAGCACCAUGACUGCAGAUGAGUACUUUGAGAAGCAUCCAGAGCUGAAGAAGAAAUUUGAUGAUGAAAUCCGAAAUGACUACUGGGGCUAUUGAUGACAUUCAAAGGUUUCAGUGUUUGGCAAUAUUGCUGGGACGUGUCAUGUUUCACUCUUUUUUUUUAAUAAUAAGGAUAACCAAAUUGAUUUUGUUUGUAAUCUGGUUACUUUUGGUUUGAAGAAUUUGAGCUUAAAUAGAAAUCCUUACGAGGGUCUUGUUUUCCAGUAGGCCAAUACAUCUCUUUACAUUUACAUAAAGGCAGUAUCCGAAUUUGUGAAUGCUUCUGUUAUAUCCAGAGUUAUAUUUUUACGUAUUCAA